AACGAUCCCUGAGCCAGUAGCAGCAUCGCACGCGGCUCGACACAUGUGUGACCUUUCGCUAUCCUUCUAAGAUCAUUAUUACGCCUUAAAGGCUGGCAUAAUAUACUGUGUUUGUAAUGGCAAAGUUCAAUAAGGUACAAAAGAAAAGAACUCAAAAUGGUAUGCAUUUUCACCAGGCAAAGACUGAGGCAAACCAGUUCAAAAAAGUAAAAUUCAAAGGUCAGUACACUCAAAAUGGGGACCAAACAAAUGGUGUGGAUACCAAGUCGUCAGAUUCCAUGAUGAGACAAACAGAGGAGGUGCAUUUAAGUCCAAAAAAUUCUAGUGAAACGUCUAAUGGUGAGGAUAGAACACGGAAUGGAGAAACGGGUAAUCACAGUAAAGAGAAGAAAGCCAAUAAAAAGAAAUGCAAGUGGAGGGAAAACCUAAAGAAGAAGAAAAUGAGAGCCAACGGGAUCAUUCCAGUCGCAGGCGCUCCAGCAAAGAGGGCACUCGAGGAGGGCCAUGAAGCCUCAGGGCCCAUGAAGAGGAGGAGAGAGGAGGACGGGACUCAGAAUGGUUCCGCAGCUGAUGGCAGUGCAAGCGACCCUAAAGAACCUGCCAAAGUAGGCAAACAGUUCUCAUCAAAUUGGAUGCAGUUAAAAAUGGGAUACCUCAAAGUGAGUGAGAAGCGUUCUGCCAUGUCGGCAUAUUUCAUUCUACAGGCCAUUUGCAUUAUAAUGGAACGUCCUUGGUACUACUUGGGUUGGAAUAAAUACAAAGGCUUCCGGCGCUUGUUCAAAGGUACAACUCCAUCCCUGAAAAACUUGACGGAAAAAUUGAUUGGUGUCAAAAUCCAGCAUGGAGAACAUAGCUCGGUCCAGGAUGCCCAGGCUGCCAUGCGACUGUACACAGCUUUCCGCCGUGAAUGGGAGAACAGCAAGAAGCAGUUUAACAAGAAGAAAACAGCUUCCGUAAAAGAGCAAUCUAAGGACAAGAAGUUAGACACGGAAGCAGAAAUGGAUGUAGAGGCAGAGUAG